GGGCUCGGGUGCCGCUCCUGUGGGCUUGUUUGAGGGAUGUGUUCCUGGUGAAGGCCAUCCAGCUGCUGUUGUUCAGCUGGAUGAAAGCUUGAGGCACUUAAGAAGGAGAGAAGCAUGCGGCUCACCCAGUUUUUUGAUUUAUAAGUGACACGAAGAAAAUAAAAUGCUAGUACUGCAGCAUAGGGCACCGCCAGCCCAGGAUGAUGCAAGCCCACGAGCUGUUCCGGUACUUUCGGAUGCCAGAGCUGGUUGACUUCCAGCAGUACGUGAGGACCCUCCCAACCAACACGCUCAUGGGCUUCGGGGCGUUCGCGGCACUCACCACCUUCUGGUACGCCACGCGGCCGCGGGCCCUGAAGCCGCCAUGCGACCUGGCCAUGCAGUCGGUGGAGGUGGCGGGCAGUGAUGGCGCCCGGAGAUCCGCGAUCCUUGACAGUGAUGAGCCCUUGGCGUAUUUCUACGAUGAUGUCAGAACGUUAUACGAAGGUUUCCAGAGGGGCAUACGGGUGUCCAAUAAUGGCCCAUGUUUAGGAUCUCGGAAACCAGACCAACCCUAUGAAUGGCUUUCAUACAAACAGGUUGAAGACAUGUCGGAGUGUGUGGGUUCAGCGCUGAUUCACAAGGGCUUCAAGGCAGGCCCAGAGAAUUUCGUUGGCAUCUUCGCUCAGAACAGGCCUGAGUGGGUGAUCAUUGAACAGGGUUGCUUUGCUUAUUCCAUGGUGGUCGUCCCCCUCUACGACACCCUCGGAACUGAGGCCAUCACCUACAUCAUCAACAAAGGCGAACUCUCCUUGGUUUUUGUAGACAAGCCAGAGAAGGCCAACCUCUUACUAGAGGGUGUAGAAAAUAAAUUAAUACCAGGCCUUAAAACUAUCAUUCUCAUGGACUCCUACGGCAUCGACCUGUUGGAACGAGGCAAGAAGUGCGGGGUGGAGAUCAUGAGCAUGAAGGCGCUGGAGGACCUGGGACGAGCCAACAGAAGGAAACCGAAGCCUCCAGCACCUGAAGAUCUUGCAGUAAUUUGCUUCACAAGUGGAACCACAGGCAACCCCAAAGGAGCAAUGAUCACCCAUCGAAAUGUAGUGAGCGAUUGUUCAGCGUUUGUGAAAGUGACAGAGAAAACAUUCAGUCCUUCCUCCGAUGAUACUCUGAUCUCUUUCUUGCCUCUCGCCCAUAUGUUUGAGAGAGUUGUAGAGUGUGUAAUGUUGUGUCAUGGAGCUAAAAUAGGAUUUUUCCAAGGAGAUAUCAGGCUACUUAUGGAUGAUCUCAAGGCCCUUCAACCCACCAUCUUCCCUGUGGUCCCCAGACUGCUGAACCGGAUGUUUGACCGAAUUUUUGGACAAGCAAACACCACGCUGAAGCGAUGGCUGUUGGACUUCGCCUCCAAGAGGAAGGAAGCUGAGCUUCGCAGUGGCAUCAUUAGAAACAACAGCCUGUGGGAUAAACUGAUCUUCCACAAAAUACAGUCAAGCCUGGGAGGAAAAGUGAGGCUGAUGGUCACAGGAGCGGCACCCGUGUCCGCCACCGUGCUGACCUUCCUGAGGGCCGCGCUGGGCUGCCAGUUCUACGAAGGCUACGGACAGACGGAGUGCACAGCCGGGUGCAGCCUGACGGUGCCUGGGGACUGGACCGCAGGCCAUGUGGGCGCCCCAAUGCCUUGCAGCCUUAUAAAGCUGGUGGAUGUGGAAGAAAUGAAUUACUUGGCUGCCAAGGGUGAGGGCGAGGUGUGUGUGAAAGGGCCAAACGUGUUUCAAGGCUACUUGAAGGACCCAGCAAAAACAGCGGAAGCUCUGGAUAAAGAUGGCUGGUUGCACACAGGGGACAUUGGAAAGUGGUUGCCAAAUGGCACUUUGAAGAUCAUAGACAGGAAAAAGCACAUCUUCAAACUGGCACAGGGAGAGUACAUCGCUCCGGAAAAGAUCGAAAACAUCUACCUGCGAAGUGAGCCUGUGGCUCAGGUGUUUGUCCACGGAGAGAGCUUGCAGGCAUUUCUCAUAGCGAUUGUGGUUCCAGACGUUGAGACGCUAGGCCACUGGGCCCAGAAGAGAGGCUUUGUAGGCUCCUUUGAAGAACUGUGCAGAAACAAGGAUGUCAAAAAAGCUAUUCUUGAAGACAUGCUGAGAUUGGGGAGGGAUGCUGGCCUCAAAUCAUUUGAACAGGUCAGAGGUAUUAGUCUUCACCCUGAAUUAUUCUCCAUCGACAACGGCCUUCUGACCCCGACAAUGAAGGCUAAAAGGCCAGAGCUUCGGAAUUAUUUCAGGUCACAAAUCGAUGAACUUUAUUCCACCGUCAAAGUCUAAUGUGGGGAAGGAAGGUGGGAGAAACCGCCUCUGCGGUCCCCUUCCGCCAAUGGCCUUCACAGGGUGGUUUCGACGGCAGCAAGUAUAGGGAAGAAGCACCUUGUCUGCCUCGCUCUUUCAGAUUUGAUUCUCGUCAUAGGAACAGGAGAGGGCAUGGAGCACGGCCUUAUGGUCACCUCACGUCGCAGACCGUGUUCACGGUGAUACACAAUUUCCAAAAUGAGCCUUAAAAAAUUGUUAAGGGGAAACUAUCAAUGUGCUAAGUUAUUUACAACGUCCUCAGUUAUAAAAGGUGGGUGAAAACUUCUGUCUCCCUGUUUUGCUAACCAAGGAGUUAGGACUUUGCUAUUUCUGAGACGUCUGCUGCUUGCUGCAAAUUCUGCAGCUGUCUGCUGCUCUGGAGAGUACCGUGCACUGGAGGGAACCGUCCCGGCUGAAGGAUGUCGCAAAUGGACCAGAGGGUUUUUUUAACAUCCCUGCCGCCCCCCACCUUCCCCAUUUCACACUCGCUCCUACAACCCUCUGAUUGACCCCUGUCAUUCCCGUCGGAUCAGAAGGUUGCCAGUGAAGCAAAGGGCAGACCCAACUCAGCACAGACAGCUACCACUGGAGUCGGUGGAUCCUGGCACCCACAGAGCAGAAUAUUCUCUGAUCCUCUCCUCCAGACCCAAUUCCCUCCAUCCUUUCCCAAGGGUUAUUGAAAAAUCUGCCUUAGACUCUGCAGUGAAGACGAGCAUUUCAAGAAGGAAAUAAUUACCUGGAUCAACCGUGUUCAACUGUGACGCCUAAAUAACUGUCCAUGUAACCUUUGCUGAACCAGUCGCUCUGUCUGAUGGCCAUGGAUCUUUAAUGUGGUUUUCAUAUCAAAAGAGUAUGUUGUGAUUAAGUGGCUUACCCCCCACCCCCCAGAAUAAACUCUCAGGCAAGGCAUGUCUUUAAAAAUAUUAAGGGAAUAGAUACACUUGGGUACUUAUUGAAAUGGACAGUGAUAAAUGCUCUUCUAUCAUAAUGCUACCUGAUUUCUAUGAAAUGUAUUUGACAAGCCAAAAUUCUAGGACAUAGGAAUCUGAAAAACUCAUCUCCUAGGGUUAAUGUCUCAAGGUUUUUUUUUUUUUUUAAGUUAAUUUGGGAAAUUAGCAGCAUUUCACUUAACUGCAAGUCUUUGCCACCUGUGACUGAAUUUAGUUGUCAUUUAUACGUUGAAAGCAGUUGUUUUUAGACACGUAAAUACAUGUAUUAUACAAGCACACCAGGGUUUGCACUAAAGAAUCAUCAUUGUAAUAACACUAUUUGGUAGCCUAACUUCAUACAUGUAUUCUUAAUUGCACAAAAAGUCAAUAAUUUGUCACCUUGGGGUUUUGAAUGUUUGCUUUAAGUGUUGGCUAUUUCUAUGUUUUAUAAACCAAAACAGAAUUUCCAAAAACAAUGAAGGAAACCAAAAUAAAUAUUUCUGCAUUUCAA